AUGGAAGUUAUUUGCGGAAACCCUAGUUUUUCGCCGGAGAAACGAUGCUCGACUGUGACUGAGCUCACAAACACAAAGAACGAGGCGAAACAGAGCAUAAUCCGAGCCAUAUUUGAGGACAACAAGGCCGAGCUCGUCACGUACGCGAACCGGCUCUUCAAAACCGGCUCGGAUCCACUAGACCGACGAGUAGUGUCUAAGCUCCUCCACCUCUGCUGCGCCUCGGACUCCGCCGACUCCGCCGCCGCAUUGCUCAACGGAGAGCUCGGAACUCUGCCGCUUGUCAACGAGUUCGACGACGAGACAGGCCGCUCGCCGCUCCACACGGCGGCCGAGUCUCACUCGAAACGCUGCGUUGAGUUGCUCCUCAAGAAACGCGGUCGUACGGACCUGAAAACCAAGGACGGUCGCUCUCUGAUCCCUCUGGAGCUGUCCUUUUUUAGCAGAAGAUUGGAACUGAUUUGGAAUCCUGAUGAUUUCUCCGUUGAAGAAUUGUUGGUUCUUCUCAGCGAAAAGGAUUUGACGGCGGUGAAACUGUUGAGCGAGAAAACGAAGGAAGCAGCUGAGGUGGCGUACGCUAACGCCGUUAACGGCCGCAUAGUUCCGUUAGCCGCGCUUCUCGUUGUUGCGGCGAGUAAGAUUAACGAUGCGGUUGUGGAGGUGAGUUGUAAUAAUAGUAAGGAGAAAGCCACCGUGUACGAGGGCGUGGUAAGGAAGGCGUUGUCGUUGGGACCCGAAACGGCGUCAUUAGGAGGAGCUGAGGUGGUAGAGGGGGAUGGUGACGUGGCGGCGGAGAGAAGGAAGCUCUUGCUCCGAGAGAUUGAGUUGUUGCAGCUGUUCGGAGCCGUUGCUUGCAGUAGUAGUGGGAGUUGUACGGAUAAGAAGGUGACGUCACUACUGAUCCGUGCAGCGCAGGCUGGUGAUGUCGCGGUCAUUGAGUUGCUUCUUAAGACAAACAUUGAUGUGAACGAGACCGACGCUGAAGGAAACUCCGCACUUCAUUGGUCCCUCAACCUCAAGAAUUUCACUCACCAGACAAUAAUUGUAUGGCUACUGCUGGACAACGGCGCCAAAGUCAGCCAAAGGAAUAAGUUGGGGUUGACUGCUCUUCAUAUUGCUGCCGCCAAUGGCAAUGUAGAUGCACUCCAGGUCUUUCUAUUGGAAGACCCAGAUGCUAUCAACUAUAGAACAGAAAUGAAAGAAACCCCACUGUUUUUUGCAGUGAAGAAUGACCAUAUGAAAUGUGCUGAGGCUCUUUUACGAUGGGGAGCAAGUAAUGAAGUCCUCAACUUGCGUAGCUGCUCUAGCACAAAGGCUGAGAUCUGUAAAUACUUUGCAUCUCCUCGUGGAUGUGUCAGAGGAGAUAAGUGUUUUUAUGCACAUAGUGAGAAGGAACUUCGGCAAAAGAAGCAGGGAACACAUUCUCCUACUACCACCAAGGACCUCAGAAGGAAAAUCUUUGUUGGAGGUCUCCCUCCUACGUUGGACUCUGACUUGUUGCGUAAAUUUUUUGAAGAGCAAUUUGGUGCAGUAGAAGAUGCUAUAGUUCUUGGUAUGCAAGUAGGAAAUGAAUUGAAAUCUCGAGGAUUUGGAUUUGUCACGUUUAAAGAAGAAAAAACUGUUUCAGCAGUUGUUGAAACACACUUUGUCAGCAUUAUGGGCAAGCAAGUUGAGAUGAAAUCUGUACUUCCAAAAUGUCUUUUACUCAUUGAGAACCAGAAACUGUCACCAGGACAACAUGACAAAGAACAGAAUCGCGAUAAUCAACCUCAACCAGAGACACCCAAUGAGAAGAUUAUAGAAGAGGCUAAACCUGAACAAAUGUCUUGGGCUGAUAGAUUACUCCAUGGUCAACCAAAGACAUGUUCCAAUGAGCUUCAAGUUCAAGGCCACAUUAGCCCCAGCCGUGUAGAUCAAAGCAUGCCUGCGUGGUUCAAGAAUUUCAAGAAGUGGCUACCUUUCCACUUGAAAGAACAAUCAAAAUUGAGGGAAGGAGAAUAUGCUCUCUCAUCUCUCAAAGGGGAUUUCAGAGCAAAAUUCGGCCUGGAAUUGGAUCAUGCCUCUCUUGGCUACCCUAAACUUAGUGACUUCAUGAGAUCUUUCCCUGAUAUUUGUCACAUGAAAGUGGGCCCCAUAGGAAAAUGUGGAACUGCCACUCACUUGGUCCUCAAACCUAACCUUCCUAAGCCUCAUGACAAAAUGAAGCACACACUCACAAUGCCAUACACACCCUCUGAUCCUACAUCAAUUAAUGAGAGUGUUGAUUCUGAAAAAUUUAAAUGUUGUCAGGACCUUCUUUCUGGCUCUUGUGAAAAGGCUAUCUUUGCUGAUAGCAACAUUAUGGAGAACCUAGCCCAUGAGUACCCUGAAGUGAAUUCAGAUCGGAAUAAUAAAAUGCCUGGUGUGCCAAUGAGGCUUAUUUCCUUCUUGAAGCCAGACCAUCUCUUCCAUGGUCGACCAUGGCUACGAAAUGGAAGCAACAUGAUUGGAGACAUUUAUGGUGAAAGAGGAGGGUGUGUAGAGGGAAUUAAACAGAACAAUUUUAGGCAUCAACAAAGACAUUUGGUUUUGGAUGCCCUUCUUAGAAAAAGGAACAACAAAUCAGUUUUUUUUCUUCGUGACCCUGGCUUCUACACAGAUUAUAUAAAAAGCCUCAACCGGGAAAUGUGCUUUGCGUGCAACCAGCGUAAGAUGCUUUGGGCAAACUUUCCAUGCCAACACUUGCUGUGGUGCAGUGAUUGUAGACUACAGGCCAUACAGGUGGCUGGAGCUUCCGAUCAGAGAUGUGUGUUGUGUGAUUUGAAAGUAGAGAAAAUCGAUAUGCUCCCAUGGCAUGACAUUUGUCAGGCUGUGCGUGUGGAUCUUCCUAAUGUGAAGGAGUUUCCACCUUUUGAUCCUAAUCAUAUAAAAAGUCCAUCCAAGAAGAAAUCUCCAUGGAUUGGCAACUGAUGAACUUGUUGCUGUCAGAGUCUCUGCAAAGCAGAAAAUAAUUGCAGUCAGAGAACUUCAUAUGGUAAACGUACAUGAGUGUUUUUGAUGUAAGAAAUACAAGCAGAAAAUUAAAAAA